CCACCGAAUGCAUCAAUGGAAGGUGCAACAACAUACUCAAAGAGUUAUCUUCAAAAUGAAAAUUUAACUCGGGAACAGCCUUUAAAGCCUACAAGUGAUAGUACCAUAUUUCCUGAGGGUGCUGAGUUUACUGGUAAAACUAUUUAUGGUGAAAGUUUUCUAGCUUGUGACAUUGAAAGGCCAGUUCCAAUUCGUCCAUGUAGCAAUAUUACUGUAUCAGAUCAAAAAAUGUCUGGUUAUACUACUAAUAAGUUGAGCUACUUACCAGUGUGCGCCGAAAAAAGGGGACUCAUAGUACCCAGUCGUAGAAAUAUGAUGGGUGAUGGACCCAUGGAAUCCGUAACGACAAAUCGUCAUGAUUUUGUACCAAAAAUUGUCCCUCGACCCGAUCUAGUUAUUCCCUGUGAUAAUAUUCACUCGUCUAACCAGCCUCUGGAAGAUCGGACUACAGCUACUUUGUCAUACAUGAAUCCAGGGCCGAUAGACCCAAUCACAAGUUAUAAACCAUUGAGUCAAUAUUGCAGACCUUCGGCAAAAAUAGAGGGGGAAACUAUCAACAAAUUAUCCUAUCAGCCAUGGGUCCCAGGGCCCAAAAUGGAUUUACCUUGGGCUCGAAAAUCACAAUAUAAACCACCCACAGCUAAAAUGUGCGAGGAUUCCGUGUACCACAAAAGUUACCCUGCCCCAGGUUACUACAUCGAAGAUUGUAUAGAUGCUGAGGACCCCUGCCCACCAGAAUCACAAGAAAAUUGUGGCCCCAACUUGUUAGUGUGUCCCCCAUAAUAGUCC